CCGCAACCUCACUUACAGCUUAGGAACCUUUCUCAUACGCUCGAGAGAGAACCAUUCAAGAUGCCUCAAGCGCAGCCAGAACUCAAGAAAUACCUUGAGAAACGAAUCUUGGUCCAGCUGAACGGCAGCAGGAAGGUGAUGGGAAUAUUACGCGGUUACGAUGUCUACCUAAAUAUCGUUUUGGAUGAUGCACUCGAAGAGAAGGCCGGUGGAGAGAAGGUUCGAAUCGGCAUGGUGGUCAUUCGUGGAAACUCUGUCGUAAUGCUUGAGGCUCUCGAUCGCAUCAACACCGACGAAUACAAGGGCGGCAGAUGAGCAGGCGCGACGCAGGACAAGGCCCACGACUUCUAGGAGGAGUUAUGUGUGCUUCAAAAGCAACAUUUCACGAGAUUGGCAAGCGGCGUUGAGGGAAACCGACUUCUGGGGAUUUUUUCCCAAGCCUUUUGCUUUAAUGGCUAUUCGCAUGGCACGGACGACAACGCGUAUCCAGAGCAAGGUCGUUGACGUUGCCUACAACAGGUCGAGAUGAACGAUACCACAUGGAUAUUUGAUUUGAUAGCAAAAACUCUACAGAGCGAUCAAUACAUGAUAGAGCGGAUGGCCCAUUGAAUCCAUCUUGCCAACAUCAUAAUUUUGCCUU